CUACAUGGCUUUCGGCUGCAUCAAGUGGGACGGUACUACUCGGCGAGAUGGACUUUCCGACGGCAUGGGUGGAAGCAGUGGAAGAAGCGCCUUGACCUGAUUCGCAACACGAGCAUCGAGCUCUUUGGCGAUAAGAGCACGUCGUCCCAUUUGAUGGCCCAGUGUUUCCCGAGGCAGCAAUUCAGAUCGAUGGCGUCGAAACGGUCCUGCGAGAAACAGGAAUUGACCUCCGGGCUGCCACCGCCAAACCGAAUCCCACUUGCUUGUUGGCGGCUUGCUGGUAGGGAUAAGUGUAGCAGUUGCAGCAGCAGCAACAGCAGCGGAGGGGCUGGGCUGAGCGACUGCUACCGCGAUAGAAGACCCUACCUGCAAUUUCUCUCUCUUUGCACUCAGUUCUGAACCAGCAGAACUGGCCGGCCUUUUUAAACUUUGCUGUUGCAGUUGGUGAUGUUGAGCCUAGGAGUUAUUAUGAAAAUAAAGGAACUUCACGAGAGUAAUACGAGAGUUGAAACCAACCGCCUGUAAUGUGAAAUUCUGGGAGAACGUAGGUGGCAAUGUUCUAUUGUGCAGCUGAUAGAUCUGUGUAGCUGCAGACAACACUGCCGUGGCCGCUUCAACAGAGUAACAGUAGUUUUUCACUGCACUCAGGCUGAUUUCAUGUGUUGGUCGUCUAGCGGCGAAUCGUAGAUUCAGCAGAGAACGAGGACAGACUCGGCGAGCAAUCCUGUACAUCACAGAUGGCCGCAUUGUGAACGGAGCUUUUAGCUGCUUGGUUUUGGUAGGGUUACUCGGAGAAAUACCAGAUGCAGAUGUAGCAGCUAGCAGAAGAGGGUGAUUGGGUGGUAAACGUGCUAUCACAUGACCCGCUCCGACUGGUCUAUUUUUGCAGCCUUCACAAGGAUCCGUCCCUCGCACAGGAGGACCAGUCGUUUUCGCAUGAUUCGGGAUAUAGACCUGUUUUAGCUUGCUUUCAUGUUCCGCGUUUUUCUUCUUCUUCUGCUCGACAUAUCGAUUUGUAGUUUUCCACAUGUAAUAGUACUCAACAAUAUCACGUGGAGAUUUCCACGGUAGAAAAUCGACCCGUACAUCCGAGAAAUCUUUCCCAUACUUUUCGAGAGCAUCUUCAAAUAAAUUUGCUUCCGCGGCAGACCAUUCUUCAAUUUGAUCUCUGCACAAAAUGGGGCCACCGAGACUGACGGUAUUAUUACCAGUUGCCUUGUCCGCUUCUAAUGGGUAGUAGUUCUUAUUCGGUGGUGGAACAAGAUAUUUCACUGCCUGACCAAUAUCAUAACCAGCUUGGUGAAGCAACGCCAUCGCAUGUAAAAGAGUUACAUCGCGAGAGGCAGCCGCUGCAGUCAUGUGUAGAGAGGGCAGCUUUGUCGAAGAAGACGUAUCAAGAGCUCGUGAGAAGGUUCCUACGGCUCUGGCAACAAUAAGAAACUGGUCCAUAUCGCGAUCCGUUAAGGAGUGAUGGGGAUGGUAAACAAGUGUUUCACGUUCUGUUUCUGAUGGUGCACGACGAGACGCGCGUAUUUCACUGCCACUGUGCUCUUCUUCAUCAUCAAUCAUCAAUUCAUCGCCAUCGCCAUUCUCCUUCCCAUCGUCACACUCCAUCGUUUCAGGUACUUCUGCUUGAUACUUCUCGCCUACUCGUAUAGCUCCUUUGUCAGCAAGCAAAGUAAGCUGGCUCGGAUCGUACACCAAAGAGUAAAAGAACUUGUCCUCGCCCUCAUAGCUGGAAACCGUCUCGAUCUCGCUGAGCAAUGUAACUUGGCAUUUCCCACGAAUCAACGUGGCUGGAAGGGUCUCUACUUGCCGUGAAAGGAAAAGUUCUCGCUGCCUGAUUCGGUGUCGCUUAACUUCCUCGAGUUCGUCCACCCCGAGAGGCAAGCCUGCUGAACCCCAUUCGAAGCGCUUAUCUGAUUCUGGAUCUUCCUUCGAAUCGUUUUUGUGAUCUGUCACGUCGGACUCUUCAGCUUUCACGUCAGCUCCGUUCGCCACUGUGUGACCUGCCGCUCCAUAUUUCUCUGGCUUUGGUUUAUCUUCCUCAUAAUAUUCGUCAAAUCUCCGUUCAGCUUGAUCUGCAAUUUUCAGUAGUGCAGUAGAAAUGUCUCGACGGCGAUAGUAUAAUGUAACCCGUGCCUCGACUUGUCCUGUUGCAGUCUUAUUUAAGUCUUCGAUUCGGCGAAUCUGAUAUGGAGUGUUNUCAUCGCGCGGUUAUAUGAUGUGAUAUGCAUCAUUACUUACCGCCCACUUUGUACAUAUUACAAGCUGAAAACAGUCCAUCAUUUGCACAUUUUAAAAAUUAGUCGUUGCACAAAAAUGACGCCCGAAUAA